AUGCGCUUGCCUCGGGGCGGCGCGCGGGGCUCGGCAGAGGAGGAGCCGCCGCCGCCGCAGCCUCCUGUCCGGAACGCGGCGGGCGGGGGGAGCGUUGCCAUGGCAGCGAAGAGUAGGUGUCACACCGGGCCACUUCCUGGUUGGAGGCCAACGUCCCGGGCACUCAGCUGUGGCGGUUGGGGGGGGCGGGGGAGGAGGCGGCAACGGCGGCGGCGGCACGAGGCCCCGGAAGGAGCGCUGAGGUAAAUUGAAGGGAGGAGGGAGCGGAGGCUGGGCUCGUGGGGAGGGGGCGCCCGGCCCUUCGUGGACCCCCUCGGCUGUGGCGGGGCCCCUCCAUGCUGAGGGCGAGAGGAGAGCCAGGCCUCGAGGCCUUCCCUGAGGGAAAGGUGGGCUGUUCCAUUCUCCCCCAGAGGGGUGGGCGGGCCGGGAGUUUGGCUCACUCCAAAUCCACCUCGCGUGUGGUGGGUUUUCCCGUGGAGCUGAGGGCGUGUUGGAUUAGUGUUGUGUGUGGGGGGGCGGGGGCGUCUCUUCCUGGACUUUCCCCCUCCUGCUCCUCUGGGACCCUUUGCAGCUCGAGGGGACAAAGGGGAGGCUCUCCCCCUCCCCACUUCCAUUCAUGGUGGGUCGACUCUGGGAUGGGGGGGGGAGUCAUGGGGGGGGGAAAGCGAAAUGCCAGGGUUUUUCCUUUGUAUGGGAAGUGGGGCGGGGUGGUAGUAGGAAGCCGCCAGACACCCCAGUUUCGACUCUCUUGGAGGAGGAUGCUGGGUUGGGGGGGGGGCGGGAAGGAGGAGUUUUCCGGAGGGGGGAGCUAGAGGGUGUGGGGAGGUUUCUUCGUGCAUUAAGGUAAGGGGUGUGUGUGUUUAGGGGAGGGGGAAAUAACUGCAGACACAGCAGAGCGAAGGUGGUUUGGAGGUGGUGUGGGAGCAGGAGAGGAAAAAAAGGAUUUUUGCUGCUGAAUCCUGUGCAUUAUUUGCUCAGAAGUAAGUCUUGCUAUUUCCAAUGUGUGUGUUUUAACUUCUAAGUAAGCAUGCCUAGCAUUGUAGACUGCAAAAGGAUUGCUGCGGAAGUUCUGAAAAGUGGAGAGGAUCUGAAUGGUCCCUGGGAGUCUAUGAGCCUUUGAUGUGGGGAGCUGAAGCUUAUGGUGGAUUACAUAUAGGGACUCUUAAUUUGAUUUACUCCGUAUGUGUGUAUACGUUUUUUAAUGCCCACAGUUCAGUAAGACGUUUUGCCAUCUCUAACAACAAGCAAUACCGCAAUUAAAAGCAGAAACUUGAAAUGUUUGCCCCUUUUGGUGAUAUAAAACUUUUGGGAAGGAAAGAAGUUUCCCAUAAUUUGUGCCUCUGUUGUAAAAGUCUUGGACCUCUAUGCCAUGUAUUGAUAUGGGGUUUGGGUAGUGGAAAGAGUCUUGUAUUGGGCACAAAAGACUCUGAACUAAUUUUGUUGGUAUCUCUCUCUCUUCUUUGAGUGGGUUGAUGUUAGAAAGUUAUCAACCUAGCAGCCUUGAGGGGGGAGUGAGGGCCACCUGCUCCAGCGCAUUGGUACUCUAAUACAAAAGUCCUCCAAAAGCAGCUUUGCUCCCUCCACCUUGAAUGGUCACUUACAGAAGCUAUGGCUGUUGAAUUGUAAAGUUCCUUCCUUGAUCGGGUCCUUUGGGAGCUGAACCAAAACCACUGACAUUUGCUGUUUGGCUGAAUGGCUGGUCCAGACAGUAAUUGAAGAGAGCUGCUGUAUUCUAUUACCGAUCCCCUCAGGAUUGCUUCCUUUGUUGAAAAGUUUGGAGCAGUUUAUUAGAGCAACUGGACUGUCAGUUUUAUAUUGUGUGGCGGUGGAAUUGAAGUGCAUUGUGUAGUGUAUAGUUUAACAAAUAACUCUUUCAGCCUGGUCCUGUUUUAUUCAGAACUUACUGAGUUUGGUCAGAGCUUUUUGCCAAGUAAGGCUGAAAUCUUCAGCAUAUUGUACUGAAACUGAGAACACAGUGGGAGUUGCUUUUCAGUACACAUGUGUAGGAUCUGGCUGCAAGACUACAAUAUUGCAGCCUUUGUAUAGUUACUUUGAAUUGUUAUUUAAAUGAUAGCUGCCCUAACCUGAUGGACUUCAUUUUUCUCCUUGUUGGACAAUACCUGUGACCUUUUGGCAACUACGGGAAAGCUGUUUGUCAAGUGAUUCUUUGAUGUGUAAAUUCACUGAAACUGUGAAUGAGGAUGAGGGUGUGUCCUGGUGAAUAUUUGAUCUGUGCUUCUAUUCCUUGCCUCACUUGUCAGUACUGCAGGAAAGGUUGUUAAAUCUUAGGAAGUGAUUUGCUUUUGUUGUAACUUGGAGCACUUCUUGGAUGGUAAUGGUGGAAAAUUUAAACUGUUAAGUUACAGGAUAGCUGCCUGCCUUAUUCUCUCGUGUUUUGUACUCUUUCGCUGAAGACUGUUAAAUUAACUCACUGCCUGAAAUUUGAACUGAGGGCAACAGCAAGCUUCUCUGUUUUACAGAAUUAUCUCCAAAUUGACAGCUCAUUGGUCUGUUGAUUAGGAGAAUUAGGGUUUGUACACUCAUGUCCCGAGGAAGUAUUUUGAGACUGAAACUGUGACAAUAACAUGUUUGUGUUUGUAUCUAAAAGAAACCAGCCAGAUAUAAUGCAAGUUGGAGUUGCGCCAAAAUGGAGUAGUUGCUCAGGAAAAGGCAUUGUCGGCAAUUUUCUUCUUGUUAUAUUAUGUUUGGCCAAGCAUGGAUUAUCAUACCCUGAACUCUGCUUGUGCUGCAAUUUAUUGAAGCGCAAACUUCCCGCAGCUUGUGUUACUGACUGCAGAAGCCAUGCUCUUUUUCAAGGCCACAGACCUCUAUGUGCAUGGAAGUAACCUUUGAGUCUUAGGGGCUUGUCUCCAAGUAAACAUGCAUAUGAUCAGCUUGAAAGUCUGAUUUCACAAUAAAAAUAUGUAUAAAAGCAGAUUGCUAUCUUUUAUAAUUCUGAAGAUAAUGCUUAAAAAAAUGUGUGGGCAACUCCUGGUGAACUCUGAGAGGUGGCUGAAUUAGCAGGCUCGGUUUCAGUGUCCUGCAUAGUUCUGGCCCUCUCUGUAUAACUAGUAGAGGCACCAAAAUUUAUACAGAGUAGUGUAAAAAUGUUUCCACAGGGUGCAGAAUGAAGCGUUAUUUUGGCUGAAUUUAGUGGGGUUUUUGGUACAGUCAUUCUUGCAGUGGUAGAGCAAGACUUUGAAAAGAUGCUAUGAACAUUUACCGUAUUUUUUGCUCUAUAAGACUCACUUUUUCCCUCCUAAAAAGUAAGGGGAAAUGUGUGUGCGUCUUAUGGAGCGAAUGCAGGCUGCGCAGCUAUCCCAGAAGCCAGAACAGCAAGAGGGAUCACUGCUUUCACUGCGCAGCGAUCCCUCUUGCUGUUCUGGCUUCUGAGAUUCAGAAUAUUUUUUUUCUUGUUUUCCUCCUCCAAAAACUAGGUGCGUCUUGUGGUCUGGUGCGUCUUACAGAGCGAAAAAUAAGGUAUAUACUGCCCUAUAACUGCAGGUCUCAGGGUGGUUCACAGGAUAAAAUCAGAAACAUAAAACCACAAUAUACAGAAUCAAAAUAAAAACAACAACCCAAUAACUCCCCCCCCCCCCAUUUCAGGAGGGCAUAGAAUGUCAAUUAACCCAGCUAAAAAGAGUAAAGACACUAAAAAACACUUUGUAACUAAGGAAAUGGUAAAACGUGCAUCUUGGUGACUGGACAUGAGAGGCUCAGUAUGGCUGGCCUAGGAGUUAUUUCUUGCUAAGUGGCUUCACCCUUGCUAAAAUAGCACCUGUCCUCAUACUAGGUGGAGUUGUAAUUAGAAUGGAAUUUCUAAUAACUAUAGUAACCAAAGCUUGCAAAGGAGCACAUUUUUAGCAUCGUAUGAUUAUCUAAAAACUCUCACAACACUUAUGUCUGUGUCAAAAUUACAGUGCAGGAGAGACAUGGUACUGUAAAUGCUGAUGCAGAGAUCAGGUCUUGUGUGGUGUCUCUAACAAAUCCUUCCAGACCUUGACUGGAGUGUGUGAAAGAGCAGCUUGGUUCUUGGAUAACACACACCUCUCUGUCAAAGCACUUGUUGUAGGUCAUUGAUAGACAGUAGCAGCCCAGAGGGGAGUGUGCUGCAAGUCAAGUAUGAGAGCCAUUUUAUACAUCCAGAAUUCUGUAGUGAAACCUUUAUUGAAUGCUACUGCUGCAGGCUGACGGUUAUAUGCUUGAUUGUACCUUGGAAGAUUUUUGGGGUAGGGGGGUUAAGUUGAAGGAUUUCAUCACAGGUAGAAAUGUGACAUGUCAAAGAGAAGGCAAAGUUGAACCAAGAACCAGCUCCCCUGUCAAAGUGGACUCUGGUGGGCUUCCUUGGCUGGCUUAAGUACUUGUGCCAAGUAGCAACUGUUCAGUGAUCUGGAGGAGGCAGUGAACUUCCCAGCAUUUUAAUUUCUCAUAGAUACCUGGAGCAGUGUUGUGGGCAUCCUGGUAAUUAAAAGUCAGGCAGUUCACAGACCCAGGUGCCUGCUGUGUGGGGUGGGGAGAAGGACCGGCAUCAGUGGUGGGCUCUGACACCUGCUUGAGGAUGCCAGGUGCUAGUCCUGGCUCACCAUUUCCUCAACCUGCUCGUUUAGAAAAUCCAAGUAGAUUUAUAGAUGGGAAAAUAUUCUUGCAUGGAUUAACCCACCUUCAAGCCUCACUUUUUGGGAUUCUGACAAAACUCCACUACUUGAUUUUGCUGAAUGUAUAAAAUGGCCUUGGUAGGUGCUGCUGUAUAGUUGCAUCAUGGGUUAGUCACUUGAGCUGUAGAUAAACAUAUCAGUCAUAUCUGCCACUUGUACCAUGAUUUCUGCAGCUCAGUAAUGUGGCUAAAUUACUGUUCUCAUGUAAAUCAACUGUCUUUUAAGUCCAUGGUGGCAGGGCAUUGGCUGUUUACAAUAACUUUGUCUUAAAGUCCUUUGUUUUUCACUGAAAAUCCCCUUAUCAUAAAAAGAAGUGGGUGCCACUGAAGCCUCUUGGAAAAGAAAUGUACACUUUGCUCUUUGUUUUGAAGGCGUUUUCCGAUGCCUUUCGACAGAAUUGACAGCGUUCAAGGCCACUAAUGACUUAAAAGCACCAUAUUGCAGCAGUAGCAGUAAAACGGCAGAUAUGAAAUGUGCACCCAAUAAUAAAAGUUGGCUGUAAACACCUAGUGCCUGUAUUUGCAAAACACAAUGAGAUCCUGGAAGUAAAAUGUUGGUAAAGCUUUUGUAAUGAAUGCUACAGAGUGACAAGUUCAAAGGCUGGUGGAACAGAAUGUGUGGAGUAGAAUUUUCGUAGGUGCUGCCUGACUUUGCUUGGAAUUUACAGAUUUAAUCUCAUGUGGAGACAAGGUCCAGAGCAGAUACGCCUCCUCCCACUCCUAAUAAUCAGUGUGCAUUCUAAGGUACACUGUUAGUUGCUUGAUUGCUGCCAGUUAAAAAGGAAAUUCACCUCACCUGUGCGCAAUAUCUGGACAUGUAACAUGGCCCCUAGAGGACCCCUGGUUCUAGCUCUUAUUCACACAUUACACUGGUUACAAGUAAGAAGCAUAGAUUCUACUUCCUCAUACAAUGACUUUCCGCCUCCAACCUCCUCUUUGUCUUUCAGGAAAGCUCUGAAUGUCUGCCACAGAAACACAGGAUUUUGCUGGGGGUUCUGUGGUUGUUCUAAGCACACUCACUUUAUGCUGGGCACUCACCAGACAUGUUGUGCAUCGCUGAUGCUAUGCAUGGACUGGACAUUUUCUAGGAUGCACUUAACACUUGGAUAUGGUAGUCUGGAAAAGAGAUAAUUAAGAAGUGAUAUGAUAAACUAGCUUUAAAUAUCUGAAGGGCUAUGGCAUAUAGAUAAUAGAGCAAAUGUGUUUUCUGUUGUUCCAGAGGGCUGGGUAUAAAUCAUCGGAUUCAAAUGACAAGUCAAAGGAUUUAGAUUGAAAAUUAGGUAGACCUUGCUGGUGGUGAAAGCUGUUUGACAGAGGGACUUAGAAGAUGGGAUGCCCUUCUUCGUUAGAGGUUUUUAAGCAGAGGCCUGCAUUGGCAAAGGGUUGGACUAGCUGCCCUUUGAAAUCCCUAACUCCAUACCUCUGUGAUCUUACCACAUUGCAGGAAAAUACCAGUCAUAAGGAGACAAACAAGCUUCAUAGAAGCUUGUCUGUUAUCAUUGAUCUUUUUACUGAGGAACCCCUGAUGGAUUUCCUUAGAGCCCAGUUUGAAAACCGCUACCCUAGCAUGUGGGAUAGUUAUGAGUGUACCAUGGAAACCUGCUCCCAGGAACCACAGUUGAACAUGUUUGCCCAAUGCACAUUUGCAGGUUAUGCACAGGGCCAAAACAUUUUGCUGCCUGAGGUAGAACAGCAAAUGGUGCUUCCCUCCUCAAGUCCAUGUUCACAGUACCCAAGGUUGACUCAGUUGUUUUGGCUCCUGAGUCAGAAAAUGCUAAAUUCAGUAACUAACAAUUCCUUCCUUUUCAUGGCACCCAGAACCAGCUGCUUGAGGCAGACACCUCAGUCUUCCUAACGGUAGGGCUGGCGCAGGUGUUGCAUGAGGUAAAAAAAUGAUGUGCAGUGUGUAACUUGCAUGUUACAUGUUAGCUGCAGGUGCAUGCUGAACUUCGUAUGCUGUUGUGAGAAGCAUCCCUUAGGAAGGACCUAAGUAACAGUGUUGCUUCUGUGAGCCAAUUAUGUAAUAAUUGUAAUUAGCCAUAGUAAAUAGUUCAAAGAAGUGAAAGUUGCCUUCAGAGGAUAACAUAGUUGAGUCAAAAGAUCACCAUUAUAAUCAAGUGCAUCAUUUAAAACAUUUUAUCUUUGAUUAGGCAGUGUGUUGAGUUGCAGGAGCCUAGUGAGGAGUUGUUUCACUUAGGGAAUUGACAGAAUUGAUAGUUUUCAUGAUUUCUUCCAACUUCCACAUGAAAUCUUUUGUUUCACGUACACCAGAUGUGAUAGCCCAAGCCGAAAAAUGACCAGAUUUGAUGAUUUGUAUUCUCCAGACAGUGAUUCAAGGGUGCUAUGUAUAUUUUGCUGCAUAAACUGGCCCAUUCAUGCAUAGUCAAUUUCCAUAAUGAGCUGGGCACCAUCUAGUGAUUGCUGCUUCACCCUUAAGAGAGUGAGUAUAAGUGUUGCAUGCAAAAUACAUGUACUUAUGGGUGGCAUAUAAAAUACAGUGAUGUUGUGGGAGUACCUGUUAGGGGGAGAACCAUGCUCUUGACUUUGGAACAUCACUUGGGCCUCAGAAUGGGGCAAGGCAUUUUUUCAUUCUCAUCCCUGGUCUCUGCUUCUAGGCACCCGGCUGAGCUCCAGAGAAAUCCUCUUUUGCUUUACCACCUCACCCCAGAUGACACCAGCUUCCUGCUGUCCCCACAGAUCCCUCAUGACUACCCUAUUCUGUGAGGCUCGGAUUUUUUUUUUAAAAAGCAUAUAAAUGAAAUCAUAAAGAAUAUGCUAUAUUGCCAACUCAUUUAAAAUAUGGCAGUGUACAAUAAAACAACCAAAACGUGAAAUGCAGAACAGAUGACCAACAAUCAAUCAAAUUAAUUCUCUAAAAUGCUUGGUGAAACAAACAUUUUUAGGACGUGGUAAAAUAUCAGUAUUGUGGGUACCUGUCCCAGUUACCUGGGAACAGGGGCCACACUCCUUUAUAUUCCCCUGCAGUGGGAGGGGCUGCAUUCUCAUUUUCAUGAUUAUUAUCCGUAAUCACCACUACAAAGAAAGACUUUUGGUGUCCUGUUUAAUAGCUUUGGUGUCUGAAAUAUUCUUCUACAAGCUCUGCUGUUCUAGGGAAUUAAAUUCCCUUUCACUUUUCCUUGUAGCCAUUUUGGUGGGUUGUGAGGGAAUGCAAGCUGCUUAAAAAGCUGAACAGAUUUUUCAUCUACAGUUUGGGUAGGACCUGAACCAAUGCAUUAAUGCUACAAGAAAGGAGCUUUUGUGGGUUCCUUCCAACUACAAUUCUAUGAGUUAACUGGUUCCAUCUUUUUCUCCCUAGCUUCAGCAGUGGGGUCACCUCUGAAAAACCGAUGACAAAAUUUUUAUAUUGCAGCUUGGGCAUGCUUUUCUUGUGAACAAAACAGUGGGGAAAUAUUCUACCAUAUUUUGAUAAAAUAUGGUGAGCUAUUGGCAGGGGAGAGAAAUAUUUUUUUCAGGGUGUGAGAAUACCAUAGUGUUGGUGCUCUCUUUCCUAAGCAAGAAAACAAAAGAGGGAAGUGUACUGAAAGUGCUCUGAAAAGUUGGUUUCAUAAAAAGUUUUCCUUCAUCAAAGGCAAUCUAAAACACUUACAAAAAGAUACAAGUAUACUAACAGCUCUUUAAAACCUUUUAAAACAUCUUAACAAAUGAAGAACAAUCAGUUAAGCCGUCCUUUUCUAUCUUUAAACUCAGAUCUAUAAAACAGAAAGCUGUCGCUAGUAUAAAUCAAACUAAUCGUCAUGACAAAGUCUUACUGUGAGCCCACUUAUAUAUGGGGAGUUACAAAUAGACUUUUACAGAAAGUGCAAAUAACAGGGACGGGGAGGGGAAGCUUUUAAGUUGUUACAAAUUAUUAUUGCCUUCAAAUGCAAUUGGCAUGAGCAACAGCCGGGAGGGGGGGCAUUUUGAGAACCCCUUUCUCCUUUCCUUUCUUGCAUUCAUUGUUUGGCUUCCCUUGUUUCGGUUUUUGCUUGAAUUUCUCCUAUUACAGUAGCAGUUCCUUUGAUAGGUUUUGCAACUGAUUAACCAGCAAGCUGCCUUUGUAGAAAAAUCUGGAGGCUUUCCGGCUUUCUUUCUUGGAUUUACUCUGGAUCUGCAACUGGAUCUGCAAAUGUUAUGUUCAGUCACAUUUUAAGGAAGUUGGAUAAUUACUUUCUCUCUCAUCUUAUCCUGCCUAAGCCUUAAGGAAUCAGGGAAGAGAGGCACUGCAUGGAAUUAGCUCACUAGAUUUGCACAGAUGGCGGUAUUGUGGUCAGUUUUUUAAAAAAUACCAAGUUACUGAAUAUUUCUUACAGCAGCAAUUCAAAAAUGGAAAUACUGGGCAUACAAUAAUCCCACAAUUUAUGCAGGGUUUUACGUUUUGGGAGUAGCACCUAAAGCCAAAAUUGCAUAUAGCCAAAACACAUUGGGUUCAGUGUCGGGUGGGAUAGCCAAAGUCAUUUUUCACAGAACCCCACCCCCUUUAUAUUUUAUUUUUUGCCGUGCACUUAAAGCUGAAUGCACACAAGUUAAAUGUGCAAAUGUUGUGGGCUUACUGUACUAUUGAGUUGCCAUUUAAGAUGACACUCAUACUAUGAGUAAGGAAGAGUUAUUUUCUUUUGUGUGUGACAAUAUGUGUGUAUACAUGUGGGGAGUAAAGUGAAUUGGGGCUGCUCACCCUGCAAUGGCCAUGGGUUGAUUUUGAGCUGGCUGCUUCUCCUUUCUCUGUGUUGGAACUAUGAGGGAUAGUGUAUAGGACAGGGGUCAGCAAACUUUUUCAGGAGGGGGCCAGUCCACUGUCCCUCAGACCUUGUGGGUGGGCCGGACCCCCCUCCCGAAAGGACCCCCCGCUGCCACUCAAGCCAACACCACCUCGUCUUCGACAGUGUCUUUGUUGUCCUCUGCCUCGGCCAGGUGUCCAAGGGGCGCAGAGCCCAUGCCUCUGGCCUGGGCAACAGAGGCAGCCUCCUUGCCACCGCUGCUUCCUCCCGCUCAGCUUUUGGUCAUACGUGGCUGCCCAGAGCUUCCUGCAGCCAGUCCAAAGCCGCGCCAGUGUUGCCACCCACCCUGAGGUGCCCACAGCUUUGGAUUGGCUGCAGGAGCUUCCUGCAGCCAAUCCGAAGCUGUGCCAGUGUUGCGGAAGUCAGUCCCCGUGCGGCGAGGCCUCCGCACCACACUGGUUUAGCGCGUGGACUGACCAAGUGGGCAUCAGGGUCCAUGGGCUGGAUUUACGAGCCCGGUGGUCCGCAUCUGGCCCCCAGGCUGUAGUUUGCUGACCCCUGGUAUAGGACAUACUUGUUGACAGAAAACGGUGUGGGGGCAGGGAGAGAACCAUUUCAGUUAAUUUCUCCAUUGUAGGAGGAGUUUGUCAAUGAUUUUUCAGGACUUGCCAUUAGCACUGCAGUAGCGCAACUCCCCUCUCUUCUUUAGCAAGUGACAUCAGCAGCAACUGUUCUUUUCAACUUGACCAUCGUCGUACAUCCUCGGCAAAGCCCCAGGCCUAGUGUAGCUGUGAUAAAAAAUGAGGAAGGAUGUAAGGAGAAAAAUCUGACUUAGGUCUCGUAUAGGCAUUAUUUUUUAAUCAAUGGUAAUCAUGUUCCUCAUUUAAGCUUUGCCUUCAUCUUUCUCAUGUCAAGUCAUAAGCACAAGGCACACUGCCUAGCCCGGAAGUAAACACUGCAGUCAGUGAACUAACGAUCUCUCUUACUGAGAGAGACAAAUACAAUUACAGCCGGGAACUCUUCUGGGGUUUAAUUGGUGAACAUGAAGGCACAUGUCUGGCUAUGGAUUAUUAACAAAGAUUGGAUUGUUAACAGAUGACUGGAGAAUGAGCAUACCUUACUUAUCUGUUAAAGUCUCACGAAGCUCUGCAUAUUGCUUUUGAUGGUUGUGCCACAUAAACAUUUACUUGGAGUUUGUUAAAAAAGAGAGAGAAAUUAUUAGGCUAGCCUACUUUGGGUGAAUGUGGAUGCAGGCCUGUAGCUGGAAAUCUUGUUUGUGGGGGAGGGUAAAUGGCAAAGGGGAGUUGCAAGUCAGUACAAUACAGCAACAGCCUCAGUAGACAUCUCAUAACUAAUUUUAAUAAAACAAAACUUAUAAGAAGUGUGUGUCAGUCAAUCAUUCUUUGUACUUACUGGUUAGAAUAUGGAGUAAGAGCUGGUUUUCUUCUUCCUGACGAGAGAAAUCUGCAGCUUACUUCAAGGAGGGACUAAUCCUGUGAGAAAAGGAUUGUGAGCUAGUUGCUUAGCCACAGGAUGGCAUAACGUAUGCUCCUGUAAAUAAAUGGUUUGUGUCAUUAUUUAUUUUGGACACUUUUGUGCCAUUUUUAAGGUGACCACACCAUAAAGUGAUUUACACAAAACAGUAAAUUAUGAUUAUUCCCUCCCUCCCUCCCUCCUCCCCCCCUCUCUCUGAAGACUCUUUUAGAGAUGGCUAAAUUUUGUAUCUUGUUCCAUCAUCUCUCCCUGAAUGAGCAGCUAGGAAAACCUGGUACCAGGUGGCAAUUACAGCAGAGGGAGCUUCUCUGCUGGAUUACAAAAAGUCUCACCCACCCAGCUCUCUUCUUCUCCUCAGUGGGUUUUAGGGGUGGUGUUGGGAAAUGAGAUGUUAACAGUCCUCAGCCCAGCUGUGGUAUUUUUGCUUCUGCUGUUAUUAAAUAGAAUGGCCAUCAGGAAAACCUAUCGCCUCCUGUUUCAUCUUGUGCAUGUACAUCUUACAAAUAAAGUUAUGUUGUUCCCAGCUUGAGGUUAAUUUCUCUUCAUUUCCUCCUUUGUGAGCAUUUGGAAUAGAAUAUUUCAUUGUCUCUUUAGUGUAACAAUGUAUGUAAAUUAAAGUGAAAACUAGGGAAGGGUCCAAAAUAUCCCUGGUGAGGGGAAGGCCAGACCUCUGGUGGUAUGGUCAGGGAGUGGGUGUGGGAAUGUUAAAGAUUUAUUUGCUAAGAUUAUUGUGCUUAGACUUACUGUUAGCGUGUUUUUACUCCCUGUCAAUAAAGCAGUUCUAAAAAUAUGUUGAGUAUAAAGAUGGAUGAAUAUAUUUCAUUCCUAUGGGAGCGAUAAUAACUUGAGAACUAGCUCCUUCCUGCCCCCAUAGGUCUUGAGAAUCUGCUGCAAGAGUUAGAUUUGCUGAUAAAAGUAGUAAAUGUAAUAGCAUGAAUAUAUUCUGUCACUAAUAAUACCUUUCUUGUUUUCCCUCCCUUUGCCUAGGACAUGUAUACCUCUGCGAGAUCUUCUUGGACAAGAUACCUUAGUUUAA